GUUUUGGUGAUAGCACCUCCUCGCCCCUCCCCUCGCCGCGCAGGAGCGCUUCACUCCUCUUCUACUCAUUUGUAAUUCUUGCGCUCUGGACAGUGCUGGCAAUUGUCGUCCCUUUGGCCCCGCAGCCGUAACUGUCGCGCAGAACGGAUUGUGUACUUUUACCGUGAGAACAGGCGGAAUGUAACUUUGCUGAGCUGGAGAGCUUCGUUGGAUAGGGAGGGACUGGAACCACGGAUACAACACGCUACGGUUUCAACCGCCCUGCGUUCUCCUGCAUAGCCUGUUUGAGAUUUGUUUAACCGCUAAUGACUGUAGGAAUGUGGAAUAGAAGUCAACGUAAAAGCAUCUCCCUUUGCCUGACAACAUGACCACAGAUCUGAACCUGACCUCCCUCCUGAAUGUCUCCGACCUCCACAACGUGAGCCGGGGGGGAUGUUCCUUGACUAGGACAGGCUUCCAGUUCUACUACCUCCCCACUGUCUACAUCAUGGUGUUCAUCACUGGUCUCAUAGGCAACAGUCUGGCCAUCUGGAUGUUUGUAUGCCACAUGAGGCCGUGGAGUAGCAUCUCUGUGUACAUGUUCAACCUGGCCCUAGCUGACUUCUGCUAUGUGCUCUCCCUCCCCUUUUUAAUCUUCUAUUACUUCAAUAAAACGGACUGGAUAUUCGGUGAUGUUCUAUGUCGACUUCAGAGGUUCAUAUUCCACGUGAACCUAUACGGAAGCAUCCUGUUCCUCACUUGUAUCAGCGUCCACAGGUACACAGGGGUGGUCCACCCGCUGAAGUCCCUGGGCAGGCUCAAGAAGAAGAACGCCGUCAUGACGAGCGCUCUGGUCUGGGCCGUGGUCAUUGUGGGAAUCUCACCCAUCCUCUACUACUCCCGGACCGGGGAGAAGCGCAACGCGACCACCUGCUACGACACGACCACGGAGGACGAGCUCCCUGGGUACUUCAUCUACAGCAUGUGCAUGACCGUGUUCGGCUUCUGCGUCCCCUUCGUCAUCAUCCUGGGCUGCUAUGGGAUGAUCGUAAAGGCGCUGGUCUGCAACGAUAUGAACAACGCCCCGCUGCGGCGGAAAUCCAUCCACCUGGUGAUUAUCGUCCUGGCCGUGUUUGCCGUGUCCUACCUGCCGUUUCAUGUUAUGAAGAACCUGAACAUGCGGGCCAGGCUGUACUUCCAAGGCCCGGACAUGUGUGACUUUAACAACCGUGUCUAUGCCACCUACCAGGUGACGCGAGGCCUGGCCAGCCUUAACAGCUGCGUCGACCCAAUCCUUUACUUCUUGGCUGGGGACACGUUUCGGAGGAAGCUAUCCAGAGCCACUAAAAAACAAUGCAAGAAAGGGGAUCACCCGCUCCAGUCGAGGAGCGAAGAGACAGCACUUAAUAGCCUGCCGGAGUAUGCCGGUAAUGGGGAUAGACACCUCUGAGAGGGUACUGGUUCUGGGUCUAAAUCCUGGUCUAGGUCUGGAUUUACAUCUAGUCGGGCAGUCUGAAUCUCCUAAAGUGGGUUUUCUUUGUGAAAACGUGUCGGACCGCGCAUUGUGGAUCGAAUGGUCCGUGCAGGAAUCGGGUAGAGUUGAUGUCAGUGGAUUGGUUCCAUGUAAUACUUAUGUAAUACUAUCAAUUACUGGACUGCAGCAUUGUACAGUAUUUACAAGAGCAGUCCUUUCUCAUUCUUGCAUCUGUUUCUAGGAGAGGUUGUGAACUAAGUUCUCAUUUCUCCAUUAUCAGGUGGUAGGUGGUAGGUUCCUUCCCCUAGACAAUGGUCUCUCGCUUCUCUACUGAACCAACCCAAAUGUGUUGGUAAUGGAGCGAGGCUCUGCUAGCUGGUUGGACAGAGUGAAUGUAGGCUUGGACAAAAAGGAUGAUUAGGAUGCAUUACCCUAGACCCAAAAGCAGGGGCUUUAUGACUGCUCUGUGGAGGCUGACUCACAGAGGUACAAAUUGCACUAGAUGAACCCCAUGCUUAUGGGCAGUAAAUCCUUAGAAAAUAAUCAUGUGAUUCAAUGCAUUUCCCCCUCCAGCAAAUACUAUUUUUGUUUGCUAGUGAUAUUUUUGGUCUCUAGAUGUACCAAUAUUUUCAACUUAUGUCCAAACAGGAACGCAUAAUAUAAAGCAAAAAGAGUGAUGGGCAUUUUUGGUUGACAAUUAUAAUGCCAAACAGGGCUGAAAUUACAGAUUUAUUUAAUUCAAAUGAGAUUAAUUGCUUACAUCUUUUGUGUACAAAUAGGCUAUAUUUGACUUUGUGUGCAUCAAAGGUAAAAUAAGUGUUGUUCCGUCCCUGAGCAAUAUACUUAACCCAAAUAGCUUCCCACUGCUGACAAUUGGGAGUAGUAGGGGUUAAAAGAAGAAAUAUGGUUUGGUGGACUUUGUGGUUAACUGAUGACUAGGUGCUUUUAAUCUUAACUCUCAACCAAAGUAGAAGCCUAAUGUUUUUUUGAACAAUUGCAUUUAGACAUUUUUCACAGUUACUUAGUUGUACACUAGCUCCCCUUCAUUCCAUAUAGGGUACUUGGAGAGCACGGGGAGAAUCAGGGGAGGGUAUAACAGUUUAAUGCACGUAUUAGGAAGCCAGGCCGACUGUUUGACCAGCCGGCUUUUCAAGUGUUCAUUUUACAUUUACAUUUUGUUCAUUUUACAAAAGCUCUUAUCACACCAUAAUCCUGUCAGACUUCUGAUGACAAGGCAUGGUGUAGUGAUGAUACAAAAUUAUUAACUGCAAACAUUUUUAAAUAGAAAAAUAUUUUGUAUGUUUAAAAUACAAAACAAAAAAAGUAAACUUGAAAAGUUGUUACCAAAUACAUUGGAUUGCAGCUCAGAAGUAUUUACAUAUUUCAAAUACAUGUAAAAGAAAUACUGCCCAGCCCUGACCUGGAUAUGUCUAUGUUGUUAUUCUGUGUGAAGGUCAGACUUACAUAAAAGUCCAUGUUAUGGUUGUUUUUCAGCAGAGUAUCAUUCAAUGAAGGUCAUCUCUUCUAAAUAUUACACUGUAUAUGACACUGUAUUAAUGGUUUUUUUCAAAGUAUUGUAAAGUGUAUGUGGUGAUUUGUCGAGCCUGUUUAUGUUGUUAUUGUUUUGUUUUAAAAAUGUUAACAAUACUUAUCCAGACAGCUAAGUUACUGCAUGAUUCCAGUGUUUUAUUAGGUAUGCAACUUAACCAAUGACAAGGCACAAGACGGCAGAUGUUUUCUAGGUCGUUUUUGACUCUUUAUAUGCAUGCAAAGGACAAUGCAUGCAGAUUACCAUAACAUAAGUAGAAGAGACACUUUCCAUUCCUGGGCAUACAUUAGAGUAAGAUAAAAAUGUGUAUGUUGUGGGAACACUCAUAUUAUGCUAAUUGUCUGCAUAAACCUGUCAAUUUGGAGUCUGACAGGUUUGUCCAAACUACACGCGUUUGCUCACAUUGCAACCUGUUUCAAACCCCUUACUGUCUCGAGAUAGCCAGAUGUGUCUUUGUCCCCCUCAUAGGAAAAGUAGCAAGUAGUAUUGUAGCACCAUACUCAAUACCCAAAAUACAAUAAAAAUGUCUGACACAUCAGGAGAGUAAUCAAAAUAAACGUAACUGCGGAUCUGGGGAACAUCUUUUACCCGCUCACAUAAUACAAACUUAUGACUUCUUGGUCGGAAGCCUAUAAGUUAGCCUUUACCUGCGACCUCUCACAUUACUUAUAAAUCCAAACUGUGGCAAAACAGCAGUCUAAAAUGGUGUAACUUAUUGCCAGCUUGAAGCAGCAUCCUUAAGAAAUAUCACCAGGAUUGAUAAAUCAAAAUAUGUUGCUUAUUACCUCUGAAAUGUGUGUUUUUUUAUCAGUUUGAACAGCAAGCAAACCUCACUCUCACUACCUGAUUGGGUGUGGCAAAAGAAAAAAUAAAACAUGGAACUGUG